AUGUCGUUCAAUGAUUUCGGAGCUGCCACAGCCUGGGGCGAGCCUGAGCAGCAAUCUGGCGACAUAGUAAAGGAUGCGAUACGGAAGGAGAGGAUUCUUAAAGAGAUUGCAGCUGCACAGGGCGAUUUACAAGCACUUGUUGCACGAGUGCACAGCGUCCAGUCGGACGUCAACCAACUCAUAUCCGAAAAUUCGACCUUGCAGAUGUACAUUGACAACCUAACUAUGCAGAUGGCAAAGAGGAAGUAA